AUGGAUGUUUCGAAUGUUUCGAUGGAUACAUCAGACCAGGAGACAGUUCCAUUAAAUUCAAAUAGCUGCUUUCAUACGUACAUAGGAAUAUUAAGYGACGAGGACAUAGUGAGUACAAUAUCCAAACCAAAUGAAGAAGAGGAGGAAAUAACUAAUGAAGAUAAAGAUUAUUUAACUGUAGACGAAGCAUUAAUUAUUUUUAGACUUGUAGCUAACACUAAAGAGUUUAUGAAGACUAAUUAUGAUGAAUUAAUGUUAUUAAUCAAGAAUGAUGAUUUAUUUGCUAAAGAAGACAUGGUAUAUGAUGUUGUUAUGAAUUGGAUAAAAUAUGAUCCAGUAACUAGAUCUAAAUAUUCUUCUGAAUUAUUAUGGUAUGUUCGGUUGCCACUUGUUCUUAAUACUUACCAAGGUGUCAUAAAGGUUCAUGAGUAUCCAGGUGCUAAAAUUAAUGAACUAAGUUCUUUUCGAAUGGAGCAUAGAAGACCAUUUAGAAAAGGCAUAUUAGUGUUAAGUCAUUAUCCAUAUGAAUCAACUCCAGAAUGGUAUGAUGCUGCGUUAGAUCAAUGGCAGAAUUGCAUGUGUGAAAAUUGUCAGUGCAAAACCUUUCAAUAUCGCUUACUACCACCUAGAACAUUAUGCACAGUUAUUUUACUCGACGAUAGUCGCUUAUUUGCGGCUGGAGGUUCACGAUAUGGCAUUGGAAUGAAAUCGGCAUAUCUAUUUGAUCUAAAAACAAACAAAUGGGUAUCCUUGAUGGAUAUGCAUUUUGAACGUCUUAAACCAUUUAUAGUGCAACUUGGAUCUUAUGUUUAUGUGAUUGGUGGUUGCACUAGUGAUAGACCUGAUGCCUGUGCUAUAGAAUGUUAUGAUUUAAAGAGAAAAGAAUGGUCUAUCAUAAAUUGUGAAAUCAACCUAGUUGAGACAUUUAAAAAUAAUAAUUAUGUUGCCUGCGUUAAAGGAUUAAUUUACAUAAUUGGAAUGAAUGAAGCUGGAUAUUAUGACGCUCGUACUCACAAGUGGAAAUAUAUUGAUCCAAUACCUGAGUUUAAUAAAGGUUCAGCAGUUUGCACAUUAAAUGGUAAUAUUUAUAUUAUUGGUGGUCAGCGCAUGGAAAAUUGUUACAAAAGUGUAUGGGCAUACUGUACACUAACUGAAGAAUGGGUAUCCUUAUCUGAACUAAAUUACGCUCGAUCGUUUUCUGGUGCUGUUGCAAUGAAUGGUAAUAUUUAUUUAUUUGGAGGAAAAAUGAUUAAUACAUCUUAUUCAAAUACAUUUGAAAUAUAUGAUCCUCACGAUAAUAAAUGGGUUACUUCAAAUGCUUAUAUGAAAAAUGAUCAAUGUCAUAUUGAUGCGAUUGUUAUUGAAAAGAAUUCUGAAUUGUUUAAAAAAGUAUUUGAAGAAGGGAAUAAUGCUAUUAUUCAUUAAAAAGUGACUGUGAGUUUAAACUCAAUUUAUAUUAAUAAAUUAAU